AUGCCUACACCACUAGACAAUGCCAUGAGAUCCAGGAAUGCCGUACUCGCAUUCGGCGGCUUGGUCACAGCCGUAGCCGUAUGGGCCAUCUACGGCGGCGACAUGUUCCCCGCGGGGCCGGAUCCCACAGGCAACCCCGAGGACUGGACCAGAGAGGAGAUGAGGAGGUGGCUUGCGGCGGACAACGACACGAGAGAGGAGCUGUUGGCACGCGUGCUGGCCAACAUGAGAGCCCCGAGGCGAUGA